GUGUGCGUUUCACCAUCGAGCACUACCAUUUGAAGAUCUUUUCAAUACACAACUUAUUUAAGUCGGAUUAUCCGGAGAAUAUAUUGUUACAAAUGAAUACCAGCAAAUUAAUCAUAUUAUCAGCCUACUUAGUGGUGGCUGUGUUCGCUAUAUCGGAAGAGCAAGAGUCCUAUACAUAUCAAAAACGAGGACCAGCAGAAUUUAGUUUGGGUCCAAGAUAUGGAAGAGCCAAAGUAGACGUUCCCGUACAAAGAAGCGGCAAAUUACAGCACAGAAGCAACCAAUUCUAUUUGGGACCCAGAUAUGGUAAACGAUCCAGCGACCCACAGGCCAUCAUGAGCGUAUUCCCACAAUCUCAACAUCGUCAACCGCCCUGUUUCAACGAUAACGACUUCGCGUGUGACUACACAGGAGUAUCCAAUUUGUACCGUUGUAUUGAAAGGAAUGAUGGCCCAAUAGACGACAUAAUAUCAUCCACAUCGUAAACAUCUCUAUUAAGACCACCACCACUACUAAACAUGUGAUUCGAGGAAUUCUGUUUCAUCUAUCUCUUCAAAUUGACAAAAUCCUGUUAACAACGACCCGUUUAUGGGCUGGAUACGGAUCGUUGUUAACCGAAAAAUCCUCUCCUAUCGUUUCCUUAUAACAUAUAUACAAAACUAUACCUACCCACUAUACAUAACGUACACUAAGUCAAUGUGUUACAGUGCAAUAAGAAAUUUACGUAUGUUUCAAUAAAUGUUCGUAUUGAA